UCCCACAAAUCUUUGAACAAAAUGGCCUCGCUGUAAACCAAUCAGAACAGAACACCACAAUGCGUGUGUAAACGCUCGACGCCUCUCCCCUGCAACGGCUACGGAAGUAAGUAUGAAUGAUUAGCGCACUUAUUAUAAGUGAUUCAGUUGUGUGCUGAUUUGCUUGAAUGCAAAUUUGUACUACUUAUAUUGUAAGAUACUCAUACGUGCUACUUAAAGCGGUGAGGAAAACCUGAAGGCGUCUUGUCUCACAUUCCCUCGGCAUCAUGUCCUGUGCGUAUCUACUGUUAGCCUUAAGUCUCAGUGUUUGCUUAGGUUAUGCUGUUGAAGUUCAGCGGCCUCGCGGAGUUCCUCUGUCAAAGCGACAAUUCUAUGAGGAGAACAAGCCAUUCACUUGUUUGGAUGGGUCUCGUACCAUUCCUUUCGACCGUGUAAAUGACGACUACUGUGACUGCAAGGAUGGAUCGGAUGAACCAGGCACGGCUGCUUGUCCAAAUGGCAGUUUCCAUUGCACCAAUGCAGGAUACAAACCCUCUUUCAUCCCAUCUUCUCGCAUUAAUGAUGGCAUCUGUGACUGCUGUGAUACCACGGAUGAGUACAACAGUGGAGCCACAUGUCAGAACACCUGCAGGGAGAUGGGCCGCCAGGAGAGGGAAUUACUCCAGAAACAGGCUGAGAUUGCCAAAGAGGGCUUCCUCCUAAAACAGCAGCUCAUCAACGAGGCCAAGAGGCAGCAGGAAGAGAAACAGGGCAAGCUGUCAGAGAUGCAGACCAACCGGAAAACCAUGGAGGAUAAACUGGAGGCGUUGAGAACGGUGAAGGAAGUGGCGGAGCAGCCCGAGAAGGAAGCCAAAGAGCGCCACCUCAAGGCCUGGGAAGAUCAAAAGGCCAUUAUUCAUGCAGAGAAGGACAAAGCCAAGAUGGCAGAAGUGUUUUUGGAACUGGAUGAUGAUGAAGAUGGCUACGUGUCCGUAGCCGAGCUGCAGUCCCACUCUGAGCUGGACCCAGACUCUGAUGGGGCGCUCACAGAGGUUGAAGCACAGGGCCUGCUAGGGGGAGUAGAUAAAGUGGAUGCCUCAUCAUUUGAGACCGCAUGGGUCAGCAUAAAAGAGAAAUACAUAUCUGAGUCCCAGGCUGACUCAGCCGCUGUAGAUCCCCCUGCAGAGGAGACCCGGCAGCCCGUCCCAGACAACGAGCCGUACCCAGAGGACGACCCCGUCGACGAAGAAGACGAGAACGAAGACGACGACGAGGAUGAGGAAGACUACCGUGACGAAGAUGGGGACAAGCCCCCACCCUCUGUGCACACUCCAGAGAAGAGCGAGCCGGACGAGGACGCCAUGCCACCCUACGAUGCCCAUACCAAAGCUCUCAUUGAUGCUGCUCAGAAAACCCGCGAUGACUUUGAUGAGGCAGAGAGGGCUCUACGGGAAGUGGACGAUCAAAUCAAGUCCAUCGAGAAGGAACUGUCCUUUGAUUUUGGCCCCUCUGGGGAGUUCACCCACCUCUACAGCCAGUGCUACGAGCUGUCCACUAGCGAAUAUGUCUACAAACUCUGCCCCUUCAACCGUGUUUCACAGAAACCUAAGUACGGGGGAUCUGAGACCAACCUCGGGUCGUGGGGUAGCUGGGCUGGUCCAGAGGACAGUUUAUACUCGGCAAUGAAGUAUGAUCACGGAACAGGCUGCUGGCAGGGCCCAAACCGCUCCACCACAGUGAAGUUGACGUGCGGUAAAGAGACGGUGGUGAUGUCCACCUCUGAGCCCAGCCGGUGCGAGUACCUGAUGGAGUUCACCACACCAGCAGUGUGUCAGGAACCACUCCCGGACCAUGUUUUACAUGAUCCCGGCGAGCUGUAGAUCACACAGCUCCCCCUAGAGGCACUUGUCCGGGAUGUCCUUAACCCCUCCCAUGAGUGGUCACCCGUGAGCUCCAGGACUCAGGUGUCCCCCCCACUCUGCACCACCACACAAUUUUGGUCUCUGGUCCAACCCCACUGUCUAUCAGAAUCAUUGUCGCACUGCUUUUUACAUUCCAUUUCUCCUAGAAUCAAGUAAUAAAGUCGGUUUUAAUGUGC